UAAACUCAAAGCAUAACUACCUUUGCAGCUGAAUGUGACUCGUGACUCCGGCGUGCAGGAAGUGAGCAUCGAUAUGAAGUGGCUCCUAGUGGCAGUGUGGCGCAGGCUGGCCUUCCCCUGACUCCAGUGGCAGCUGGGGGCCUGGCCUCUCUCUGACAGGAGAACGUUGGUGCGAAAGCCGGCCAAGUGUCCAUUUUGAAGACCGGAGGGACACACCCUGCUGCUCAUGCCCGCGGUGCUCGGCCUGCAGGGAGCCGGGGGCAGGACCCUCGCCGGCCGGCGGGCCCAGCAUGGAGCGGCCGAGCAAGAUGGAUUUCUUCCAGAAGCUGGGCUACGGCCGCGAGGACGUGCUCAGGGUGCUGGGCAAGCUGGGCGAGGGCGCCCUGGUCAACGACGUGCUGCAGGAGCUGAUCCGCACCGGCAGCCGCCCCGGGGCCCCGCAGGCCCAGGCCGGGCCCCAGCUCGUGCCCCGGGGCUCCUGCGGGCUCCCCGACUCCGCCCGGCGCGGCCUGGGGGCAGCCACCGAAGAGGACUGCGGAGACCCGUCCAGCUCACUGCGACCCAUAGUGAUUGACGGCAGCAACGUGGCGAUGAGCCAUGGAAAUAAAGAAAUCUUCUCUUGCCGGGGGAUCCAGCUGGCUGUGGACUGGUUCAGGGACAGAGGACACACCUACAUCAAGGUUUUUGUCCCAUCCUGGAGGAAAGAACCACCAAGAGCUGAUAGCCCUAUUCGAGAGCAGCACGUGCUGGAGCAGCUGGAGCGGCAGGCGGUGCUCGUGUACACCCCGUCCCGCAAGGUGCACGGCAAGCGGCUGGUCUGCUACGACGACCGCUACAUUGUGAAGGUGGCCUACGAGCAGGACGGCGUCAUCGUCUCCAACGACAACUACCGGGACCUGCAGAGUGAGAACCCCGAGUGGAAGUGGUUCAUCGAGCAGAGGCUGCUCAUGUUCUCCUUCGUCAACGACCGGUUCAUGCCUCCCGAUGACCCCUUGGGCCGACACGGACCCACCCUGAGCAAUUUCCUGAGCCGGAAGCCAAAGCCCCCAGAGCCGUCCUGGCAGCACUGCCCCUAUGGCAAGAAGUGCACCUACGGCAUCAAGUGCAAGUUCUACCACCCGGAGAGGCCGCACCACACGCAGCUGGCGGUGGCCGAUGAGCUCCGCGCCCAAACGCGGGCCCAGCCGGGCGCUGAGCAGCAGCGGCCGCCGAGCACCCGGGGCGGCCCCGCAGGAGCCCGGCCGGGGCCCCGGGAGCCCGGUGCACGGAGCCUCCCGCCCGCGCCGCAGCCGGCGGACCUGGCCGCCCUGCGAGGGAGCUUCUCCCGGCUGGCCUUCAGCGACGACCUGGGGUCCCUCGGGCCGCGCCCUCUGGGCCCCGCCUGCGGCCCGGCGCCCGGGCUGUGCGGGCCCGACUGGGUGCCCAGCGGCGCCCCGGCGCCCCGGCCCUCGCCAUCCCCGCGGGCGAGCAGCGCUGCCACCUCGGGCCCGCCCGGCCCCCCGCCCCUGCCCGGGCCGCAGCUCCAGCCGCGGGGCGGUCCCCGGCCCAGGGACCUGCACGGCGACCUGCUUCCCCCGCGCAGGCCGCCCGACGACCCGUGGGCCCGCCCCCUGAGCUCCGACCGCUUUCCGGGCCGCUCGGCCUGGGUGGAGCCGGCCUGGGGCCGCGCCUGUGGGGGACCUUCGGGGUACGCAGCCGCGGACGGCGAGGGAGACGCGCGCGCCCGGGCGCGCACCGCGCUCUGCAGCGUCUUCCCGCCGGAGCAGGUGGACCGCGUGAUGGCCGAGUCCCCCGACCUCUCCGACCUCGCCCGGCUCAUCCUCCUCCUUGUGCAGAGAUGCCAGAGGGCCGGGGCGCCGCUGGGGAACCCCUAAGGGACUGGCUCACGCCCCGGCAAGGCAUGGCUCCGUCUUGCCUUGCAACUCGGGCGCGAGGGUGGGUGGUUGCCAGCCCGGACCUGAGUCAGCCCACGUGGCUGCCCCUUUUCUUUAAAGACGGUCAGGGAAGCCUGCUUCCUCUUCCUUGAUGGCACUUGAUGAUCAUCACGGAGGCCUGGGCCUGCUGCGGGGAGGUCCGCCCACUUCUGUGGAGGGAGUACUUCUGGGGUGGGGGAAGACAGUUCCCACUGCAGCUCCAAGGGAUUGUCCUAAACAGCCUGUGACUGUGUCAGGCUGUAAGUGGAAUCCUCCAAUGGGCCACGAAAUCAAUUUGUGGGUCACCACCACAAAUACAAUGGACUAGGACAUCUCAGAGCACACCCUGCACAACCAGGCCGAGUAUGAACUCUUGUCAUCUAGCCCUGUGAAUCCCACACCCUUGGUAGCCAUGUAAAGUUAAUGUGGGUCGUGGCCAAAAGUUUGACAGAGGCUGGUAAAUGGUCUUGAAUUUCAUUGCAUCAAAUGAUAUUUGAAAUAUGCAGUCAGGUGGCCAGGGGAGGUUGGGUAUCUGGAAGUCUUCAUGUUAGCUACUGCUAACCUUGCCCACCAGGGGAGCCCAGCCUCGACUAUUGCUCUGAAAUUGUGUGCCUGGGCCUGGCUGGGGAUGAGUGGCAGGGCACUUUGUCCUGAAGGCCUGCUUGGGGGGGUCUUCACCCCCUUCAUGCACACACACCCCAGACCACACAAAUAUCACAUGCACACACAAGGGCACACUCACACAGGUACACACCCCCCCAUAGACACAUACAUACUGCUUGGCUCAGGGUCAAGUACCUCUGUUUUUCCAGCCAUUCAUCAUGGCAGUUUCCAGAACAGGCCUUUCACUGGGAACCUUCAAAGCCAUUCCUCACGCUAUACUGGGGCAGGUGUCUGGACUUUUUCUGGGAAACCCGCAGGUGGGUCAGCAGAGAGCUCAGGUGAGCUCAGUCUUGGAGGUUUAUUGCCACGGUCUGGGUGCUGUUUCUUCCAGCCAGCCAGUGCUUCGAGUGCUGGGGAGAAGGGGCCCACCCAUUUGUAAUGGCCAAGAAGUGCAGUGAUGCUGCGUGGACCCUGCAUCCUCAGAGGACCCUGGUGUCUCCAGACUGCAUCCAGCCCUCCAGGCUGUGCCUCAUUUGUUCACUAGGGGACUUGGGAGCUCCUUUUAGGGACAGUGCGAGGCACCUCCCAGGGGAAAGCCAGCCGCCAGCAAGAGCAGAGGGAAACUCUUUGCAGUUUAUUUUUAGGCACAGUCUAGGGGACGCCUCAGGGAGACUGUGUUCCCAGCUCUUUCACUCAUGGUAAAUGCCGCCCCUGGGAGAGCAGCGAUGUCAGUCUUUCCCGGACUCCUUUAAUCUUUUUAAACCAGAUUCUUAGCAUAGUUUGAGCCAGAGCUGUUCCUCUCCUUUUCUUUCCCAGAGAGAACACCGCACCCACAAUUUUACCUUAUUUUGGGACCUCAGUCCUGAAGAGGGCCCGGUCUUUCUAGAUAAAUUGGAUUUUCCUUGUGAUGUGUAUUUUUUUUUUCCUUUUGACAAGACACGCUUUCUGUUAGAGCUGCUUUUUGCUCUCUGGUUUUUCUCCUUAUGUGGAAUCAUUGCAUAGCUGAUUGAUUUACCGUUGUAAAUGUUUAAACUGCUUCCUCUGAGGACAAGUUUGAGUUUUAGUAAGCUGUAAAGCUAUUUUAUUUGGUUCACUGUGAUUAAGACAAGUACAAAAGAAAAGUAAAGAAACAGCAUAUUUGAAGUGUUAUCCCCUUUGGAAUUUUUCCAAAGUCUUAGUAUGUCUUUGUGACACAAAAACAUGGAAGGGACAGGUAAAUGAAUGUUCCUAGUUGCAUAGCUGUUACUGUGCUCCAAAAAUAAAUCACUU